AUGGAGAAUCCUCACGCUGAAAGGCAAGCCGUCUUGCUUGAACGCAUCCUGAAGAACUCUUCCAAAUGCACCGAAAUGAUCUUGGAACUGAAUCACUGCUUGGAGGAGGUCCUUCGAGCGAACUCGGCCGUGCAGACAGCCGCCGAUUUAUCGACGAAGUAUCGGAAGAAUGUGCAGUAUAACAUGGAGGUCACGAAAGAGAAUGCUUGUGCGUCCCUGUUUAUCGUCUCACCCGGCGUUCUUGAACCAAAGCUACGUUCAAAGACCUCUGCGAGCCUCCAAGCUCUAGCCCUCACAUGCGACGUCUAUCAACGCAUGGUCGACCGUGGAUGGAGGCGCUCUGGCACCUAUUGCUACCAGCGGGAUAUGAAGAACUCAUGCUGCCCCCAGUACACGAUCAAACUAGAUGCCCUCCAGUUCAAACCCUCGAAGAGUCAACGCAAACUGAUGCGACGGUGGAAUAAUUUUAUAGAAAGGGGUGACAACAACGACGCGGUAAACACUGAAGCCAAAGCAAAAAGACCUCCCAAACCAAAUAAGUCGGAGGACGAGUCAGGCUCAAUGAGCUCGUUGCUCCACGCCGCCGAGGUACCCUGGGUCGACCCGGAGACAACGCGACAUCGUUUUGAGACUGUACUCGAGCCAUCUUCCUACACGGAUGAGAAAUUCGAAUUGUUUAAAAAGUAUCAGGCGGACAUCCACCAUGACUUCAAAUCUUCUCAGGCCGGCUUCAGGAGGUUUCUGUGCGAAACACCUCUCGGGACAAGCCCCAUAGGUUAUACAGGAUCACCGCCCGCCCACCUGCCGGUUGAAUAUGGGUCGUAUCACCAAUUAUAUAAGCUCGACGGGGAGCUAAUAGCCAUGGCCGUCUUGGAUAUACUUCCCUCCUGCGUUUCGAGCGUUUACUUCAUGUAUGACAAGAAGUGGGAAAGGUUCUCCUUGGGGAAGCUAAGCGCGUUCCGGGAAACCUCGCUUGCCUAUGAGAUACAUCGAGCUGGCGUGUCACAGAUGUCGUACUUGUACAUGGGUUUCUACAUUCAUUCGUGUCCGAAAAUGCGAUACAAAGGCGAGUACUCGCCAUCGUUUCUGGCUGACCCAGAGACUUACGAAUGGUACCCGCUAGAGACGUGUGUAAAGCUCUUGUCGAAGAACAGAUAUGCCUGCUUUUCGUCACCAGAGCACUCGAUUUCGGAUCCUCCCCCAGAAUACAUUGCCCCAAUCCCAACGGAAGAUCUUGCACAAAUUAACAUUGUAAGAGCUGCUAGAAGAGGCCAAAUCAUUGUAGAACCUGUCAACGAGGCACGAUGUUGGAGCUCAGAGGAUGCUCGAUCCGCAAUUCUACAUUGUAUACAUGGUUUGGGAACAGGGUUAUCCAAGGAGGUCAUCUUCACCCUUCAAUUCUAG